UGAUUACCCAGUAAAUAUGUUAACAUUUUGAAAAAUUUAUGUAUAAACUAAAGUAAAUAAUUUAACAAAUUUAUAAUUGAAAAAGAUGUUGAUAAGUAGAGGUCAAGAAGGAGUUAAGCUGCUUACCACAUACUUUUCUACUCUUUGUAAAACUGUUUCAACAUAUAGAACAAAUCCGGUUUUUUUAAAUGAUGAAAUUUUAAAUGAAAUACCGUCUAUCAACCCGUUUUUUCUAGCACAUAAUAUUGGAUCGUCUCAUCGUAAGUGGCAAACUAUAUUAGAAAAAUAUCCAGAACUAAAAUCAGCAAAAAGAAAAGAUGUAAUCAAUUCUGCAAAUGCACUUAAAGCGCAUAAUUAUACAAUAGCUGACAUUUUAGCUAAACCAAUGAUUUUACAUUAUAAUGCAACUACCAUAGAAAAUCGUUAUAGCGUUCUAACUGAAUGCGGCUUUAGCUCAAUAAACAUAUCAAUAUUAUCAAAAUAUGUAACAAUUAUGAACAAAAGGCUGUCGGUAUUAAAAAUGUAUAAUUAUAUACCUCAGAAUAUAUCAAUGCUAACACAGUUAAAACAUCAAUUUGCUAGUAUGGAUUUACAAACUCCAAAGAACUUAAAAAGUGAUGAUACUGUCGAGCUUAAGGUUUUACGGCAAAAUAUUUUAAAUUGUUAUUUAAGACAACGUUUAGGUAUGAACGAGAAAGAUCUCGAAAAACACUGGACGACUUAUUCUCGUGUACGGCAUAAAAGUUUUCAAUCAGUACAAAAAGUUGUAGAUUUUUUGGAAAACGAUCUUCUUUUUCCAAGGGAACGUAUUAUAAAAAAUGGUUAUUUGUUGUAUGCUGAGCCAGAAAAUAUAAAACGCAUAAUUACAGAAAUAAAAACGAUAGAUGGAAUAGAUAUUCGAGAAAUUGUUUAUCGACGACCAAAAAUACUAAUGUCUACGUGUGACGCCUUGUUGACAAGCAUGGAACAUGUUAAAAAAUUUGGUAUUAAAGAGAAUGCAAUUUUACGUUGCUUAGAAUUGUUAACAUUAAGUCCAGACACUAUUUUGGGAAGAUUGCGGGACUUACAUGAAAUUGAUGAGUUUAAGGUUUUGGCCACUAAUCCUCGUGUUUUACGUUUAGUUCAUUAUCAAAAUAAAGCAAGAUUACGUUUGGAAUAUCUCGAACAUUUGAAAGUGCGUUGUGCAUCUUUGCAUAUAUUGUCUUGUGGUUCAGAUGCAUUCGUUAAAUUUGCCAGAGAAGGUUCUGAUCGGACUAAAGGUCGUGAUAUUAUAAUUUUUCUUUCAAACAUUUUAAAAAAAGAUGGAAAUACUUUACGCAAUUUACUGUCAAGACAUCCAAAUUGGUGUCAUAUUCCAGUUAUACAUAUUCAACGCACAUACGAAUGUUUAACAAAAAAGAAAUUCUCUAAUGAACAGAUAUACAAAAAUGUUCAUUUACUAUUUUAUCCAAUUCAAUUAAUCGAGGAAAAAUUAAGUCAGUUAAAAUGCCCCCAAUUUCUUGCCGAGAUGCAUUUAAAUAUAUUGGAUAUAGACAAGUGCAAAUUACUUAGUUUAGUACUAUACUUUAUUGAGUGUGAAUUUCAUUUUACGGGAGAUGGUAUAUGGACUGAAACUCAAAUUCAUCAAGUGGAAAAUUUCAACAACUUAUUGCCUGAUUUCCCAGAAGGUCAAAAGGUUUAUAAGUUUGGCGCGAAACCAACAAGUAAAUAAUAGCUGUAUUUAUAUAAAAUUUGAAAUUUAACAUUAAAAAAAUUUUACAAUAAAUUG